AUGUCCACUCCCGACCUUUCCUCUGCUGCCAAUGGCAGCCAGGCUCCGGCGGAAAACGUGAGUGCUGUCCGAAAGGCAUUUUCAAAGGUUGACCUUGCGGGUCAUGACCUCCCUCCAUCUCCAGCUCCGUCUACCCCUCGUGCUGGGAGGCGGUAUGCGCUUGCUACAGAAUUAGUUUACACAGAGGGAAAUGAUCAAUACAACGCAAGCAGUGUACCGAUAUAUCAGAGUGCGACAUUCAAGCAGACUUCGGGGAGCGGUGGAGGGGAAUACGACUACACACGAUCUGGAAAUCCUACUCGAACGCAUCUUGAACGGCAUCUGGCAAAGAUAAUGUCUGCACAGCGUGCGCUCGUAGUAUCAUCUGGGAUGGCUGCUUUAGAUGUCAUUACACGGCUACUGAAGCCCGGAGAUGAAGUCGUUACUGGAGAUGAUUUGUACGGCGGCACACACCGCCUCUUGAAAUACCUAUCAACCAAUGGAGGAAUCAUAGUCCACCAUGUCGAUACCACGACGCCAGAGAAGGUCAGAGAGGUUCUUGGAUCGAAAACAACAAUGGUACUACUGGAGACUCCCACAAACCCCUUGAUAAAAAUCGUCGAUAUUCCCCGCAUUGCCGCCAUGACCCGUGAAUCCAGCCCUAAUGCAUUGAUCGCGGUGGAUAAUACCAUGCUUUCUCCUUUACUCCUAAAUCCGCUAGAUCUCGGUGCCGACAUUGUCUACGAGAGCGGCACAAAGUACCUUUCCGGCCACCAUGACUUGAUGGCCGGCGUCAUCGCCGUAAACGAUCUCUCUCUUGGCCACAAGCUCUACUUUCCCAUCAAUGCAUCUGGGUGCGGGUUGUCACCAUUCGAUUCCUGGCUAUUGCUCCGUGGAGUCAAAACUCUCAAAGUCCGUAUGGAGCAACAGCAAUCCAACGCACAGCGAAUAGCCGAAUUCCUCGAAGAACACGGCUUCCGCGUUCGAUAUCCCGGCCUGAGAUCUCACCCACAGCACGACUUACAUAUGUCGAUGGCCCGCGGAGCCGGUGCUGUUCUCUCUUUCGAAACCGGAGACGUCGAGCUGAGUGAACGAAUUGUAGAAAGUGCUAAAUUAUGGGCGAUUAGCGUUAGUUUUGGGUGUGUGAACAGCUUGAUCAGUAUGCCAUGCCGUAUGAGCCACGCGAGUAUAGAUGCAAAAACAAGGCAAGAGAGAGCAAUGCCGGAGGAUCUAAUUCGACUGUGUGUUGGUAUUGAGGAUGUGGAGGAUUUGAUUGAUGACCUUCGACGAGCUGUGAGUGAUGAAUUUGGCCCUGUUUUACUGAAUGCUACUAACGCAGCUUUCCAGCUUGUCCAAGCAGGCGCAGUGAACGUGACGCUCGAGGGGUUUCAGUCCGUUAAUGCGGUUGCCGACCCUUCGCCUGAGAGCGUAGGCCCCAAUACUGCGGUAUGA